CUUCACUUGGGCCGGCUUUCAUAUCAUAAUGGCCAGUUUUGUUGAAAUGAGGAAGCUGGCAGAAGCGAAGGUUCAAAAUAUGAUCCGAACGAUUGUUAAGCCAAAAGAACAAAAUGGUAAUGUGGAGCCGAAGAAAGAAGAAGAUGAAAAGUUCGAAUCAACAUACAAACAAAACGAAAAUACGCAAAUUACUCCUAGUUCUUUUGGUAAAAGGCCUCUUUAUUCGAAAGUAGAUAUCAAUUGUGAUAAGUGGUUGAUGACGCUAGAUGAAGAAUCACGUUUGAAAAUCGAUAAUCCCCCCUCGCUAGUUGAUGGUCUCUCCAAGGAAACAGAAUCGGAGCUUCGAUAUCUUGGCUGUGAACUUAUACAACAAGGAGCAAUCCUUUUAAAACUUCCACAAACAGCUGCUGCUACUGGUCAAAUUUUGUUCCAACGAUAUUAUUAUCAGAAAAGCUUUGUUAGGUAUCACUUUGAGCACGCAGUUCAAGCUUGUCUACUUCUUGCAUCCAAAAUCGAAGAAGAACCUCGUAGGCCUCGAGAAGUAUACAAUGUAUUUCAUCGGCUUGAGAGACUACACAGGUUACAACAAAGUGGACAUGACAUCAAUAAGGAGACCACACGAGGAAUGAAGCCACCCGCCGUUGAUAUGAACUACAUCAAUACGAAACAACAUAUGAUCAACUCCGAAAGAAGAAUACUUGCAACUCUGGGAUUUGUUGUUCACGUGAAGCAUCCUCAUCGCCUCAUUGUUGCUUAUGGUCACACACUCGGAAUCACACAAUCUCGUCCAGACAUUCUCCAAAGGUCCUGGAAUUACAUGAACGAUGGGCUUCGAACUGACAUCUUCAUGCGCUACAAGCCAGAGACCAUUGCUUGUGCCUGUAUUUUUUUAGCAGCCAGAACUGUCGAGAAUCCAAUCGCAUUACCUUCAACACCGUUCCAUUGGUUUGAAGCCUUCGACACAUCAGAUCGAGACGUGGAGGCAAUUGCUCUUCAACUAGUCGGGCUCUACGCAAGAAGAACAUUUCCUAACUGGCCACGUAUCAAAGCUGAAUUGGACGCAUUAAGAAGUGUGAAAGAUGCUGAAAUGAAGGCUGUGAAAGCAAAAGAAAUUGCUGAAAAUUUGGCAAAAAUGGCACCAGAUGGCGAGAAAAGUACCUCAACUGUCACUAUCGGUAAAGACAGCAGGAAGGUUUCACCAGAUAGAAAAAACGGAACAAAAGAUCGCGGAGAAGCGGAUCGAGGCAAGAAAGAGAAGGAUCGGCACAGAAGGAGAUCGAAUGAUCGAGAUGGUAGAGGUGAUCGGCGUGAUCGAGACAAGGAUCGUGGGGAUAGGCGGAAGGAUGAGAAGAAAGAUCGGAGGAAGAGAACCAGAUCACGCAGCAGGGAUCGUAAGGAUAAAAAUAGGAACCGCGACGUUGGCAAAAGAUACCGGAAGGAAAGCAGCACACCGCCAAGAUCCCGGCGAUAAGAUGGAUAAUAAAUAUGUGUUUCUUAAAUUUAAUCACUGUUAUUUGUUUUUAUGAUUAUCUCUAUUUUUUCAUGUUUGGAUUUAAACUAUCCACCUGUCUAGACAAAACUUAAGUGUCACAAAAGAAUUCCAAUGAAUUUGUUUGUGGUAUAU